UAUGUUGUAUUUAUUGUGGUGGGAACAGGUCUUCUCUUCAUGCUUAUUUUUCACAUUGGACUUAAAGAACCCCCAAGAAGUUGUAUAUUCAGUGGGCAAGUAGCAGUUAAAGGCAGUAAAAGAAGGGCAGACAAUUGGAUCCACUGGUUUAAAGAAAAACAGUUUUAUCAGGUUUGUAAAAAAACCCAGCCUACAUAAAGAAUUAAUGCUGCAAGAAAAAAGGCUGCAUAAACAAGACUGUUUUUGGCAUGGUAACAUAAGAAGUUAUUUUUUUUGGCUUUGUAACAUUAUGUAGAAGGUUAAGGUUGCUAGCAAUAAAGAGUGAAGUAUGGAUCAGAGGUUAAGAAAGAGAUUCUAACCCUUUACAUCUCUAGCUGGUAACCUCAUAAUUACAAAAAUUUCCAUAUGGGGCUUCUUUGGAAAGAUGUGUGCAAGAUAUGUUACAUGUACUGUACUUCUUUUUAAAACAAUUUGAAAAAGAUGGGACUUCUUAAAUCAAAUUUUCGGUUACAAUCGGCGGCGAAAUUAGUUGAGACACUUUUUACUUUAAGCGGCCUCUCUAACAUUUUGCAAACUUUAAAAAAAGAAAAUACUGUAAAUGACUUAAUAAAUGCCCAUUUACAAAUAUAUGCCUCCUAUGUGUUUAACGCCCCCUCUAUGCUGUUAAAAUCAUAUUAGAUUCCCCCCUGUGAGAAUUACUCCAAAAUACUGGGAAUUACCAGAGAGGAGUGAACUCAUUCGAUUCAUUCAGUUUCUUGCUUGAUUAUUAACGAGACUUUGCAUAUUUCAUCUUGUUCAAUGUCAUGUUUAGAGUAAGGAUAGACUAAAGAUAGUAACACAAUAACCCUGAGUGAAGAUUCUGACAUUGAUAUCGGGAUUUGAAAGGUCAAUAUGGAUCUUUAGACAGCCUAGACUGGCGUAUUAAUUAAUUGAUGGAGUGGAUAUUCCGCUAUUUUUAAACUCUCUUGAUAUUUUCACUGAAGGCAUAUUAGGUUUGUUGAGCUUGUUACAGUAAUGAGAAUAAAUGCCUCUCUCUAAACACCCCUGCUUGGACCCCUAGAAUUAAAUAGAUGCCCUGGGCAUUUAUUAGGUCAGUUACAGUAAAACAUCCCUCCCCCAACCCCACCCGCCAUGCAUUUUUGUGCCACUGUUUUAGCUACUUGUGGCUCAACUUUGAAUGAAGAGGAGAGGGUAGUGCUUGACACUAGCGCUAGUCCACUAGCCCAGGACUAGUGAAAAUUUACGCUGGGCUAGUAUUAAAGAGUGUCCUCCUACUAGCCCCUAGACCAGUAGCUUACUGCAGUUCUUUUUCUAAUGCUUUAUCAGUAAUUAAUUUUUUAGCUUGAGUAUCAAAUGUAAACCAAAGGACUCACUGUUCAUAUAGUGGAGGUAUCAUAGCUUAGUAUUGACUCGCUAAACAGACGCCAUGUUGGUAAUGCAACUACGUGGUCAUUUUCAUUUCACUCAGUAAAGUAGGGGCCUGGGUAAGAGCUGUCAUCAAAGUCGGGUAAGCCCCAUUGGACAUAUUGCAGUUUUUUUGUGCACAUAAUUUACGGCAGGAUCAGGAAUGAAGAAGAUUUCAAGCUUUUUUUAACAACUUACCUUUGAGAAAGCAUCCUGUUCAAUGGUCUUUUGACUCAAACAAACAUAUUAUCAACCUACCAAGUGCAACUUAAUGGAAGGAAAGCUUUCUAUGGAAAUUUUUAGUCCUAGUUCAAUAUCCUUCAUUGACAAUGCAAUUGUAAGAAAUUUUACUCUUUGAAGCUUUUCAAAGACUUGCCUCCAACUUGAAGGGAAUUUGUAUAUGAUCACCUUUUGAUUAUGGAACCACGCUCGACCUGUAGUCAAGAAUAUCAUUCUGAUCACAGUAUAACUGAACCAAUAAACUAAACGUUACUGGUCAUUUUCAUUCCCUUCAAGCCGUGAAAGUUAGAACUCGUAGCCUUCAUUAUAACGAAUAUUAGAAGUAAUUGUUGAGUUUUAAAAAUUACAACACAUGACAUUCAGAUUGCCUCUUGAACUCUGGACUGACAAGAAACAAAGCAGCAUAUAUAAGCCAUUCAUUUUAUUACUGUUGAUAUCUUUUUGCCUCUAAAGUUGGAUUGGUUUUUAUAAAAAUUGUUGUAUUAACUGUUUUAAUAAAGAAUAGAAAACUAACAAAAAUAACUGAGCAACUUUUAUUCCUUUUAUUUCAUUUUAUUGCACCGGCAGAAUAUACAUAGUAUUAUUUCAGUUAAAGGACGAACCUGUAGAAGAGGAGAAGACUGGUUCCUAACAGCCCGGUACUUGUUUUGGACCAGUGGCUUGUCGUUCUGGGCUGGUGAUUUAUUUCACUCACUAGCCCAUUGCGCGUGUAGUGUCCAAAAAAGUUAGUGUCGAGCACUGGAGGGGAGGGGCGUCGAUUGUUUUGUUCUCCAAAGUUACGCCAUUUGAGGACCAUGUCACGACAAUUUUGUUGCCGAUUGUAGUUUGGCCUCAUAAAGGUAGAGUUUGAAAUCAAACUAGCAGUCAGUUGAUCUAAUCCAUUUUUUUUUAUAUUCUACCGGAAUCAAAGCACAACAGGUAUGCAUGGACAGGCGAUACACGACUGUUUUGUGCUAGGACACUUGUAUAAAGUUAUAGCUUUUAAUAGUAACCUGAUAUCGGGCUCUACUUUUGUUUUGCUUUGUAAAAUGAUAUUCUUGCUUCCUAAGCGAAUAAAAAAGACUACGCAAGGGAGAAUGUAUGAUGGCUGCUAAAAUUGGGCCUCGCAUCGGUUAUCUUUAUGGUGAAUAUUUACAUGAAACGGUCAUUUUAAUCCUUCUAUUUUUUUUUCUUGGCAGGUGGCAGCUUUGUACAUGUGUACUCGUCUCAUUGUCAACAUUACACAAGUUUACAUUCCUAUGUAUACUUUGGAAACAUUGUCUCUAAACAAGGUAUAAUUAAUUUUUAUCAGGGCUGCAAGCAUGAGAUUUCAAGUCCCUAUGUAAAUGUAAUAAAAUAGGAAGGGAAUUAAACAGCGAGGAAGUUCUUCUGGUUCUGUCUGUUAGGGUCAUAUACGUGUUUGUAUUCAUAGCUGCGUGGGCAGGGAAAAUCCCAGCCCUGGCUCUUAUUGACAAGUAUAGUAAUAAUUGCAGAUAAGGGGAACUGUGCGUUUGAUUGGGGGAAAGGGGAGGGGGGAAUGAGUGGUAGUCGUAAGAAGGUGCAAAACGUGAUGAGCUUCUAAUAUUGAGAAAUCAAAAUCAAACACUUUUAACAAUAUGAACAUCAGCAGCUGUCUUCAUCAGUGUUAUUGUUUGUCCUCCCACUUUACAAUUCGUUGCUAUUUUUUCAACAACCAGUUGUUUUAGGGAAGCUAAGAAGCGUCCUUCAUUUUACUUUUGCUCCCUGGUCUACAUCUCCAACACUUUCCUAAGGAUCCUUGCUGACCCCAAAAGGGCACAUCUCUGAAUCAGUUAUGGUCCUCAGAUUUUCUUUUAACCUCAGUGGUAUUGUUCCCAAUGCCCUCACCACUAUGGGUAUCACCUUUGUCCUUAUGCCCCACAUCUUUCAGAUUUCUCUAGCGAGGUCUUGAUAUUUUUCCACUUUCUCGUCCUCUUUUGCUCUCCCCCUUCCAUCAUCAUCAUCAUCAUCAUCAUCAUCAUUAUUAUUAUUAUUAUUAUUAUAAAAAAUCCACUGAAAAAUUCAGCUAUUGGUUUUGUUAUUUUUUAGUCCAAUGUCAAUUUAUUGCAGUUUUCCCAAAACCUUUUAUGCGUGUUUUGUUGUUGGUUCUAGGACACCAUUGCCAAAAUUCCCUUGGUUGUCUACGUUAGUGGUUUCCUUUCAACAUUCCUAACCAAGCCACUAAACAAGUGCUAUGGGAGAAAGGUAAAUGCAUACAAUAUAACUUGAAAUACUUUUAAUAAUUUAAACUCGUGUACAAAAAUAAUCCUCAUGAGAGGAGGUGAUUGAGAAGCUGGUGGAGCUGAGAACUGCAGCCGAGUGCAAUUUGUAACCAUGACAACUCUGUGAGUGGCAUCCACUGAGGCACCAUCACACUACUAAUCAGUGGAACCUAAUUAACAUACAUUUUUUAUACUUACCGAGGAGAGAGGAGGGUGGCAAGCAAAAAUCCUAGAACCACGUGCUGUGAGCAGCAACUUGAACAUAAAGGCCUGACCUCAACAUAGAAACUGUUAAAACUUAUCAGGCACAGCUGUACAUGUAGGUAUUAGAGUGCCCCUGAUAAUCUCGUAUGAGAGACUGCUGGCCAGCUUUGUCUCCAGUUUAUAAGCUAGCCUAAAUUUUAUCUAGCAACAUUAUACUCAUUUUUGUAUAGUCUAUUUUAAUAGUUAAACUAACAGUACACUGACGUGUCUAUUUAACGUACUCUGGUAAAAACGUCCAUAAACUAAAUUGGAAUCUUAGAAAGACUUAAAAGUAUAUGUUUCAACCUCAGUUAAGAACUAUUAUUUUCGUAUCUUUUUUCAGGGAACAUUUUUUCUAGGUCUUCUCUUAAUUGCAGGCACAAGGUAUGCCUGCCGUCUUUUAUCAUUACAGAAAGUAGCCUUGACUGUGAUCUGUUCUGUUGUAAAUUANUCUUAUGUGAAUAUACAUUUGCACACAAAAACCAUUUCAGUGGAGUGAACAUGAUGGAGAGGUGUGAGUGUGGUAGUAUUUUUUAACUGGGGAUAGGAAAAAAUGAUUUUGAUUGUUUUUGUUUCGUUUUUUUUUCCGAGGGGGGGUUUGGGGGGGGGGGGGGGGGGGGGGGGCCGGGGCGGGGGGGCGGGGGGGGGUUUUUGGGGGGGGGGGGGGGGGGGGGGGGGCAUUUAUUAGAGAAGGGGGUGUAAUAGAAACUUAAAAGCGUGGGGUGGGGUGUUUAUUAGACAAGACCCGUUGAUUCAACACAGCGCAUCUAUUUGAUCGUUGAGGGUUUAUGUGGCUUCCUGUGGUAUCAAACUGAUCUUUUUGGUAUAUUCUCUUGUUUAUCCACAGUUUAUGGAUGUGGUUUAUUCAAAAGGGCCACCUCUUACAAACAUAUGGAGUAUCAGUGCUGUUAGGUGUUGGUGGAUCCACGCUUCUAGUUACUGCCCUGACUAUGUUAGCAGAUCUUAUUGGGGAGAAUGUGGUACGUGUGUUUGCCCGGUGAAGGCGUUGUGAUAAGACAAGUAAUAGGAAACUUAGAUGAGUUACAGUUAAAACCCGCGAUUAAGAGCCUUUUUUUUGGAACCUGUUAUGCUAAGAUUUGCCUGUUAGGCCCCCUCUAUACAAGAAACUGUUAACCCUAAAAUUUGAAACAGUUUCUUGUUUUCUAAAAUCUAUAUUAAAAAAUCUGUACGCUUGGGCAAACAAGAUAGGUCAACAUUCAGUAUCUUCUUUGGAGACAUGAGGGUCCUUAUUACUCCAAACUGCAAUGUAAUGCACCGUAUGCAGGUUUUGCGUAAGGAAUGACCUGAAUACCUCUAAAUAUUCUUAGCUACAAUGUAUUCAUUUCUUCACAAAAUAAGAACCUAUUUAAGAACCUAAACAGCCUAACUUUUUGCUACUUACCAUUUAUGUAAGAAUCUGUUUAGGCUAACGUGGAAAAAUGCAAGGUUCUUAAUCGCGUUUUUGCUGUAUGUCAUGAUGUUUGUACACGAGAAUCAAAGAUAACCCUGACAUAAAGGUUUAGUUUCAUUUAAAAUUACAUUACAACUACACCUCAACUAAAUGUGUAUGUCUUUGCCUUUCGAUGGCCCGGAUGGAAACGGAUUGCAACUUGAAAUAUUUGCGCCAACGUUUUCAAGUUUAGCAAACUGAUCAUAGUUUGUUUUCCCUCUUGUGUUGUUCAUAUCCUUAGCACUAUCUAACUUUGUAGACUAUCUCAUCAAUUUAUGGGCAACGACCGAAUCAAAGUGUUUUGAAUUCAGCAUAUUGCACAUAAAAUGUUCUAAUAUUGUUAUUUCGGAUUUGACAGGAAACAGGUGCCUUUGUGUAUGGAGCCAUGAGUUUUACCGAUAAAUUAUCCAAUGGAAUCGCAGUUCAGCUGAUCCAGAUAUUUCAUCCUUGCAAUUCUUUGGGAGAGUAAGUAUAUAUUUUUUUUGACAACUUGCCGUUGUGAGUGAAAGCGGGUGUAUACUCAUGUGACAAUAUAACUGUAUAAUAGUUUAGAGGACAAAUCGUAAAAAAAUUGUAGUCAGUUAGACAGUCCAUUUACUUAGAAGACCUAGGCAGAGGAAGCUAUGGUACAUGAGACAACGUUGUACCCUUUUUUUGUACAACAGAGUGAAAAGCAGUUUGUCGAAUACUGUUUCCAACCGAUUUUUUUAACAUUGUGUGCACGUUGAGCGCAGAAUUGUCAACAACAGUUUGUACGUGUAAUACUUUGCAGAACACUGCACAUUUUUCAAUUUUGCUCACAUUUUGCGCAACACUGUAAACCACAGGGUUCAGACUAUUAUAUACAAUAUAGUGCACCACAUUUUGCAUAACUAUGAUUUGUGCGACACUAGAUAACACUGCGUGCAAGGUUGAGCGUAUCAUUGUCGACAACUGCUUGCACAACAUUGUGUUUAACGUUUUGCAAACACGGCACAACAUUGUGAUAAACAGUUUGUAUAACGUUGCGUGCAAUGUAACGCAUUGUGAAUUCUGGUCACAUUUUGCGCAACAUUGUGAACCACAGGUUGCACAUUACUAUGUACAGUAUAGUAUACAACAUUUGUGCGACACUAAAUAACACUGUGUGCAAGGUUGAGCGUAACAUUGUCGACAAUGGCUUGUACAACGUUGUGUUUAACGUUUUGCAAACACUGCACAACAUUGUAAUAAACAGUUUGUAUAACGUCACGUGCAACGUAAUGCAUUGUGAAUUUUGCACAAUAUUUUGUGCAACAUUAUAAAAAACAGUUUGUUGCACAAAUAUGUGAAGUACAGUGCACUACGUUUGUGCAAAAUCUUACAUGUAUAGCAUUGGGAGAGACGUUGAGCUCAAUAUUGUCAAACGAGUGAACAAUAUAGUGCCAAUAAUUGGGCAACAUUGUAUAACGUUGGGCGUAACUUACUUUGUGCGCAACGCUGUCGCAAAUCUGGUGUGCAAUGUUUGCACAAAAGACCGGCUACAUACCUAACACUGCUUGGACGCAGCGCUGUACGCAACGAAAUCAAUGUAGAAAAAUGCGCGAAAGUCUCGUGUGCGUAGCAUUUUGCACAUCAUUUGCAUCAUCAUAUGAAAAAGGGCAUUAAAUUUCGCGAUUUAACCGUUCUCCAUUUCAUUUAUUUUUUUAAAAAGUCUGGCCCUUUAAAAAUUUCUUGAUAAACUGGAACAAGCAAUGUAUGCAAUCUUUGCAAACCAAAGCUAUUUCACAACUGAAGAUACAAAAUGGAGUUUACCAGUAAAACCAGUUAGCAAUUUGCUUAUUUGUCAAUACAUGAUCCUGUAUAUGCUGUGCUAUUACAAGUUAAUUUUGAUUUGAAUUUCCUAUGUAGGUAUUAAAUUUCGCAAGGAAUUAUUUUCGCGGGUCUUUAAUUUCGCGAUUUCUUUUACAAUUACGAAAAACGCGAAAAUGUAAAGGGUUUAGUUUUAUCGUUUGUCUCACAAUUGUCACUUUGAUAUUGAUCACCACGUUUCGACCGCACACUGCAGGUCUUCAUCAGGCGAUAGUGUUGAUUUACUGAGUCGAACUAUUUGUACCACCGUGGUUGUUAGUGAUUGGUGUAUCACAAACCUCGCUCAUGGUUGGUGGGUUUCGAUCCAAAAGCGUUGUUGGCAUUGUGAGAGGAAGAAACUGAUCCCUCAGCGAUCCACUGUGGUAGAGAUCGUUUGCUAUGUUGUCUUAUUGUAGGCAUCCACGCGUAAGGAAUUUCAAUUCCACUGUCCCUGUUGUUAUCUUAUGACAACGCGAAAAUAGUACCAAUAAGGUACAUGCGGUCAACAUGAAGCAACAAAAAUGACUUCUUGGACCCGUUGGUGAGUGUCCGUCUUGGAGAGGUUUUCGUUUUAUAGAGUCAAAGACCCUAAAAAGGCGGGAACCGUUAUUUUACUGUCGGUGUCCAUGCAUAGGAGUUUUUGACCAUACUUAUUUAGCUGGAUGUCAUGGGAAAUCAACGAGUAAUGGCAGUAUGCAAUGCCGUAUACAGAACUGAUGUAGCUCCAGUUAAACGAAUGGUGCUUUUACUGUUGCUUGAUCUUUCUUACAUUUUCGUUUUCAUCCCAGUAAAAGCAAAGUUAAUGCCAUGGGAUUGAGAAUAAGGAGCUCCUCGAUCAUGGCUUGAAACUCUAGUCGUCUCUUGUCGCCACCUAAAUUCUUUCCUUCAAGAAAGCCGCCUUUUUGGGUUACACCAGAAAAGGAUGAAAAACCAUGCCCAACUCACUGUGCGAAGAAAAAAAUAUUUUGGAAGUCGUACAGUUAAGGUUGAUGUUGAUAAAAACGACUGUCCGAUGUGAAUGUGUUGGCUUUGAAUCUGAACGUAUUUGGUCUGCCACGCCUUGACCACGCAUCGCUUGGUUUCCUUGGACACGGAAACGUGACAGUGCACAUUGUUGUUGUUUUUGUUUUUGUUGUUUCUACAGUGGCCAUAAUGGCACCUCGUCUCCGUGAAGUUAUGACGCUGAGAUUUUCCACCAUUGAACUUUCCUAACAUGGCGUUUUCUUGUAAUGUCACGCAGUUUCGACACAAAUGGAAUCGAUGAUUUCUAAAUGCCGUUGAAGAUUCAUACUGUCCGCUAUGAAUUGACGUCAACUUCAACUCUUGUAAUGUCUUAGACUUUCGAUUUCAUUUAUUCUUUCGGUCACAUCAUAGACAGCUCAGGUCAGGCCUCAGAGCUUAAAAGCUCUUAAACUAGGCAGGUCAGGAUAAUAAGGAUAAUUGUUAUUUUAUUUAGUAACUAUUUUUUGUAAUCUUGAUGCUAUUGAUUCUGCUUGGCUGCACUUUGCUGGUAACCGCAAAACAUACCUCACUGCUUCACAAUAUGCCUUCCUUUGCUAUUUGCUGAUCGUUGCUGCUUAACCGGCGCGUUUUUUGACUUCAAUACAUGUUGCAUUUUGCUAUUCUCAUCCAUGAUGUGGUUUCAGCCAUGGAGGUAUGCACAGUCCAGGGAGUGGAAACACCACAGCUUUGCCGACUGGGGUCGGUCAUCAUCAUCAUCCACACAUGUACGAGUGUGAAAUCAAAACUCAUUUUUACUUAAUACUAGUUAUUUUAACUUUUCCUUCGAAUUUCUAUGCCAGAAUGAUUUAGAACUGUAGUGUUGACGGAAUAGAUGUAUGAAAUUGUUUCAAAACAUUUUCAGGGGCGUAGCUAUUUGUCCAAAAAUAACCCUACGUGCUAUAAAAACAAAAACAAAAUAGAGGAACAUUGCAAAGAAAAAAAACCGAGGUGAAUUAAGCGGUUGCUGAAGAAAAUGCGAAGGCUUUAACUGUGGCCUGCAAAACACGGUCCUACGUUCAAUAUUGCGUUAUGAAUCGCAUACUGAUUCAUAGCGCAAAGAAAAUCGAGUUACCCGCGUGAACACGAUUUAGGAAACGUAGUUGGGGAAAAUUUGGAACAAUGUGCGUAUUGCUAGAAAGUUCCCGGCUACACCCCUGAAAACUCGCAGUUGUCUUUUUUUAGGGACCGUUCAUUUUUUUUAUUAGGUAGCGGUUGGGUGGAAUUUGAGGGGGGGGGGGGCAUGAAAGAAAUAUGGCUGACCAGGAGCAUUAAAUAAGCCCCCCCCGUCUCUAUUGAGCCCCCUCCCCCCCAUCAAAAGUGCUUGGAAAAAAUAAGCCCCCCGGAGGGCUUAAUAGAGGAUUUACGGUUAAUAGAGUUUUAAAUAACAAAACUGGACCAUUGUUUGAGAAUUUAAUUUAUGAGAAGACGCGUUUUAACUUUUUAUUCAGUAGCAAAUAGCGUGACAAUAACCCCUUUAAUUGUUCAAGGUCGAUUUAAUUAAUUAGCUCCAUGGUUCUUUUCAGAGCAUGUUGCCCUAAAUGUGAUCUGUACUACAGAGAAGUUAUGGUAGUUGUCACCGGUGGAGCCACUAUUAUUUCUCUGCUGGUUCUUUUAACAAUGCUUAAGACAAAGAUUGGUGAAUUUAAAGGUGAUUUUAAAGGUUAGUCAAUUUUUCACCAUUCACUGUAACUGAAUUCAUUCCAGUCCCUGGUGCAAACUUAAGAGUAGGCGAAGCAUCGGGUGAAUUUGAAAAGCAGUAAUAACUCGUGACACUAUUUUGUGGAAAGCGGUCAAUAUAACUUCAAGAAGGUAACGUAAACCUUUCAACCUUUUGCCGUGAUUCCUAAGCUGCAUUUGUCACUUUUGGAACGAGGAAACUGGGGCGAGUUAUUUUUCGCAAAGACUUCUGGGACUGUCACUAGGCAGAGGGGAAAAAAUUGGCCAAUCGCUGACCGAUUCUAACGAUCCCAGAACCAAUAGCGGGACUCGUUUCGGUUCCAGUCCCCUUCUCGUUUAUAAAGUGGGGAAUCGCUUUUAGACAAAUUUCCAGUGAAAGUCAAGUGCUAUUCGUUUGCAUUCUCUGUUAAAAGGUUUUAUAUGUGACAGUAGAAUCAAACACAAGAGUGUAUCUUUAAUUUUAAUUGCCAGAGUAUUCAUCUGCCUUUCUAGCCACGAAGGGUCCGCUGGUACUACCUGGCCAUUUUAAAAUCACCUGUAACUGAUUGCGUUUAUAUUUCCUUCCUUGACUCUAAGAUUGAAAAUGAGUUCACCUGUCACCGUUCCUCUCCGUUGAUUGAUUCUCAACAGUAGUAAGAGGCCAGUUAAGUGCCUUUCGGUUGUGAGGGUAUUCUUCAUCUAAGGCUCAACUGGUGAAACACGUUUAACGAAAAGCAAUGUUUACUGUUUCCUCUGGCCUUUCCUUUUUGUUAUCAUCCUGUGAUUUUUCUGUACACUGGCUUUAGGGGAUAAGAAAUGUGCGUUUAGCCAUCCCUCCCCCUCCUCUUCCCUCUCUUGACGUUUGUAACCCUUGCAAAAUGACAGGUUAUGAAAUGGAUGUUUAGAAGAAUGCAUGCUGAGGACCGCUUGCUCGAUAUUCUUACCUGUUUUCUAACUAUUGCAAUUUCUUAUUGCAAGAUGGCGCUGUGGUAGACGUGACCGUUCAAGAUGCGCUCCUCAGUAAGACUGCCUCAGUUAGCACAAGCUGCUCUAAGACAACUGGAUCAUCCAAAAGCCCGUGUCUAAUGUAUGAGCCCACGACCCCUCCCAAAUACGGGUCAUUGAAUGGCACGUGUCAGAAUAUACCAUGCUCAAUACAAGAGGAUUAUUCUAGCUACGAUGAGACCAGGCCGUCGCCAAAAACGUCCCGGUGACGUUGUGGAGAAGAUGAUACCCCUGGUACUGUACUGAAUGUGAUGGGCUGUGAGGUGUUUUCUUAGUUAACGAUCCCCUGAUAUAGAAGCAGAAACUCGGUUUGCCCACCUAUGAAAGGAGAUUGUGGUUGAGCGAGGUGAACUAAAGACUGGUUCUGUUCCAUUGUUCACUCCUGCUGUAAUGAAAGGAUUUCUUGACUAUACAAGUUCAGCUUGUCAGUCCGCUUUAAGAAAGGCGACUGUGUUUGAGCGAGAUGAACCGAAGAACUGAUCCACCGCCCUUUGAUCCCGGAGGCCUUUUUCAACAAAAUGCCUAUAGCUGUUAAAACUGAGCGCUGGAAACGAUCCCCUGAUUGCAGAACGCAGUUUGUCCGCCUUAGUAUAAAGGCAACCACGUAGAUUUUCCUAGUUGUUAGAACGCUGUUC